AUGGAAGCAGCGAAUGACAAAAGAAAGCAGUUUGGUACACGGUAUUUGACUGAUGACUCGGCUGUAUUCACCUAUAAUGCGUGGGAUAAUGUCGAGUGGAAUGAUACACAAUUGCGUGAAGCGAAAGCCAAGGUAGAUAAACAGAAAGAAACGGCCGUUGAAGGUCAGAAAGCUGAGCAGCUGAAACAGAACGCUUCUAUACAAUGGGACGAGUUCUAUUCGAAGCAUGAUAAUAAGUUUUUUAUGGAUCGUAAUUGGUUGCUCACUGAAUUUCCCGAAUUGAAUAUGGACGGGAGAGUUGAAAAUAAUGCUGGGCCAUUGCGAGUGUUGGAAGUGGGUUGUGGUGUCGGCAAUACAACGUUUCCACUUUUGGACAGUUGCGCUCAUGGACAAAUAUUCGUUUAUUCAUGUGAUUAUUCAGCGAAUGCUAUCGAAUUGAUGAAGAAGAAUGAAAAAUUUGAUGCUCAAACUUGUCACGCCUUUGAAUGGGAUAUUUGUGGUGAGCCAACCGAUCAAAUUGCUGCAAAUUCGUUGGAUUUUAUCUUGUUGAUCUACGUCUUGUCAGCUAUUCCGCCAGAAAAGCAACAAAAAGCAGUUGAUAAUUUAGUAAGGUUGCUUAAGCCUGGUGGAUUGGUGUUAUUAAAAGAUUAUGGCGAAUAUGAUUUGACACAGUUGCGGUUCAAGAAGAAUCGUUUCAUCGAUGAGAAACUGUAUUGUCGCGGUGAUGGUACACUGGUUUAUUUUUUCACUCAAAAUGAGUUGGACAGGUUGUUCCGAAAUGCAGGACUGUCAAAGGAGAACAAGAAACAAUUACUGCGUUUAUGUUGUGAAACAAUCAGGUGUAAAAAUUUUUUGGAUGGUCUGCUGGAAUGUCAACAGAUCCGUGAUUUGUUAACGAAUAAAUCUCUUGGUGAUUUCUCACUUCUCUAUGUGCUACUAUAUGAGUUCGUUUUGGGAAAGGGUAUUCGUAAUAUCAGCAAACGUCUUUCAGCACCAAUUCUGGCUAUUUCGAAACUCAUUCAUGAGCAGGCCGAGCAUUUAAAAGAGGCUGGUAGAGGUGUAAUGGAUGAUGAGAAAUGUGAUAAUGAUGAUGGCACUUCCAUGCGGAGGAUGAUUCCUCGUUAUGCUCGUGUCAAUACUCUCAAAUGGUCAUUUGAUGAAGCUCUUAAAGCAUUAGAACAAGAAGACUGGAUUAUUGAGAGAAUUGAAAGCACUCAAGAUAUGGAAGUGUUCAGGGAAUGUGUGAAGAAUAUGGCUGAAAAUCAAAUUAUUAUUGAUCCGCAUAUUGAAAACUUAUUGUUGUUUCGAGGAGAUUUGGAUUUGCAUAGCUACUGGAUUGUGGAUGAAGGAUAUGUGCUAUUGCAGGAUAAGGCAAGUUGUUUACCGGCCGUACUGUUGAAACCGAAAGAAAAUUCAGAGGUGUUUGAUUGCUGUGCGGCGCCUGGUAUGAAAACUUCUCAUCUGGCAGCUAUUUUAUGCAAUAGCGGUAAAAUUUGGGCGAUGGACAAAUCGUCAGAACGUAUUCGCACUUUACGUAUGAUGCUAAAAAAUGCGGCUGCCACAAAUGUCAAUGUUUUAUGUGAUGAUUUUUUAAGUAUCGAUGUAACAGAUCAAAAGUUUGCGAAGGUACAUUACGCAUUGGUUGAUCCACCCUGUAGUGGAUCUGGUAUUGUGAAACGAAUGGAUAAAUAUUUUGACGAUUCAGACUGCACGGAUGAGCGACGACUGCGAUCGCUAUCGAAUCUGCAGGCGAUGAUUCUAAAACAAGCUUUUAAAUUCCCUAAAUUGAAACGACUGGUUUAUUCAACGUGUUCCAUACAUACGCAGGAGAAUGAGGCCGUUGUUGAAGAGGUGCUUAACGAUGAAACUAUAAGCGAAAAAUGGGAGUUGGAAAAUGCGUUGCCCAACUGGAGUCAUCGAGGUGAUUCGAAGCAUUAUGAAUUUGCUGAUAAAUGCAUCAGGGCAUCACCUACAUCUGAUCUGACGAAUGGCUUUUUCGUUGCGGUUUUCAGAAAGAAAAAAAAACAUCACAAUGCUCCUUCAUAA